CCGGUUUUCCGGAAGAGGCCGCGGUUGUGGGCUGGGCGUGGAUUGCCGUCUGCACCGCGCGCUGCUUUGACCCAGACACGUCAGGCGUGCGGCGACGGCGGGAGAAUCUCCAAGGGCUGCCCUCGGGUUGAAAGAUGUCGGUCCUCACCACCCUGUUCAAGUACGUGGAUGACAACCAGGAUCGCUACAUCAAGAAGCUUGCAGAAUGGGUGGCCAUCCAGAGCGUGUCCGCGUGGCCCGAGAAGAGGGGGGAGAUCAGGAAGAUGAUGGAAGUCGCCGCCGCGGACAUCAAGCAGUUGGGCGGCUCCGUGGAGCUGGUGGACAUUGGAAAACAGAAGCUCCCCGACGGCUCGGAGAUACCACUGCCCCCCAUUCUACUCGGCAAGCUGGGCUCCGACCCCCAGAAGAAAACGGUGUGUAUCUACGGCCACCUGGACGUGCAGCCAGCAGCCCUGGAGGACGGCUGGGACAGCGAGCCCUUCACUUUGGUGGAGCGGGACGGCAAAUUGUACGGGAGAGGUGCGACCGAUGACAAGGGGCCAGUGGCCGGCUGGAUGAACGCCCUGGAAGCCUUCCAGAAAACGAGUCAGGAGAUCCCCGUCAACCUCCGGUUCUGCCUGGAGGGCAUGGAGGAGUCGGGCUCCGAGGGCCUGGACGAGCUGAUCCUGGCCCGGAAAGACACCUUCUUCAAGGGUGUGGACUACGUCUGCAUCUCCGACAACUACUGGCUGGGGAAGAGCAAGCCCUGCAUCACCUACGGCCUGCGGGGCAUCUGCUACUUCUUCAUCGAGGUGGAGUGCAGCGACAGAGACCUGCACUCCGGCGUCUACGGGGGCUCGGUGCACGAGGCCAUGACCGACCUCAUCGCACUGAUGGGCUCCCUGACGGACGGCAAGGGGAAGAUCCUGGUGCCCGGCAUCCACGAGGCCGUGGCCCCUGUGACGGAGCAGGAGCUGGAGCUCUACGACAAGAUCGACUUCGACCUGGAGGAGUACACCAAGGACGUGGGGGCGCGGGCCUUGCGGCACAACUGCAAGAAAGACGUCCUGAUGCACAGAUGGCGGUUCCCGUCGCUGUCCCUCCACGGGAUCGAAGGCGCCUUCUCUGGCUCCGGGGCCAAGACCGUGAUUCCCAGGAAAGUGAUCGGCAAGUUCUCCAUCAGGCUUGUGCCCAACAUGACCCCCGAGGCUGUCACCGAGCAGGUUACAAAGUACUUGACGGAGAAGUUUGCUGAACUGCGCAGCCCCAACAAGUUCAAGGUGUACCUGGGCCACGGUGGGAAGCCCUGGGUGUCCGACUUCAACCACCCUCAUUACAUGGCUGGGAGAAGAGCCCUGAAAAGAGUUUUUGGUGUGGAGCCGGACCUGACCAGGGAAGGUGGCAGUAUUCCCGUGACUUUGACUUUUCAGGAGGCCACGGGCAAGAAUGUCAUGCUGCUGCCCGUGGGGUCAGCUGAUGACGGCGCCCACUCCCAGAACGAGAAGCUCAACAGGCAUAACUACAUAGAAGGAACUAAAAUGCUGGCCGCGUACCUGUACGAAGUGUCGCAGCUGAAGGACUGACGGCCUCCACCCUCAUGCUCCUCCCACCGCUCACAAAAGCAGCCUGUCUUCCUCCUCGUCCACGAGUGGACACGAGAGCCCCAGCCUGCCCAGGAAUGAUGCGCCCUGCGUCGGGCCGUGGCUGUGAGUGGCCCCCGAGUUCUCAUGGGUGCUCACCGUGACUUGGUCUCCGGCUCUAACGGCACAAGUUCUUCUGUAGAAAGUUCUGGUCGGUGUCCAGUUGGCUAAACAGAGGCCUCGCUGCUUCCUGGGGCCACCUCUGCCUCUGACCCAGGGUCAGGCCCCCUGGGAGUGUCUGGUCGGGGUGCCUGUCCCCUUCCCGACCUCUUGUCAUCCGUGGUUCUGCCCUUCUCUGAACACUGUAGCCCUGGUGGGCUUCUCCUGUCCUCUCACGGACCCUCCAAUCCUGACCCUGCCUGGAAGGGCCGUGUGGUCUCAGGCUGUGCGGAUAAAUAAAGUGCGAAGGGGCCCUGGGUGCA